AUGGCUUGCUCAGGUGGACUUGAUCGCGUUGCCGGGUCUGUCUUUCGUCAACAUCUUCUCGCUGUUCCUCCCGUGCGUAUCCUUGUCAUCGCGAUUGUGCCAAAGACUAAUGCGCGUAAAGCCUCUACAGAGGACAAUGACGUACCCGACUGGAACGCCAGUGACAUAUACGAGAUCUGA